AUGCCUCAAUCAACACCAACUGCUGCUGAAACAGGCAGCACUGAAAGAACAAUCACAUAUGACGCCAAUCACCCCUAUUAUCUCAAUAAUUCAGAUUCACCAGGAAUGACACUAGUUAAUAGUGUGUUUGAUGGUAGGGGACACCCGGGAUGGAGAAGAUCUAUCCUCUUAUCUCUGUCAGCCAAGAAGAAGCUUAGUUUCAUCAAUGGAACUUGCAAAUCUCCAGAUAUGAACUCUGCAGAAUAUGAGCAAUGGUCAUGUGUCAAUGAUAUGGUCAUUACUUGGAUGACAAAUGCAUUGACAAAAGACAUUGUUGAUAGUGUGAUACACUCUAAGACAGCAAAGGAACUAUGGGAAAGUCUAGAGCAAAGGUUUGGGAGGUCAAAUGGUGCCAAACUCUAUCACUUACAAAAGGAGAUAACAAGUCUGGUUCAAGGUAAUGAUGAUGUUGCUAAGUAUUUCACCAAACUCAAGAAAUUAUGGGAUGAAUUAGAUGCAAUUCAUGUCAAUUGUCACGGGCCGCCUCCUUCAUAG